AUGAUGACACUACGAGAAGCCCUGGCGGCCGCCCUCAAGUCUCUCGUUCGCGGCAAGUCGUUUCUCAAAGCCCUCCUCGCCUUCUGGUCGGCAACUACCUCCGGUGUCCCCGUCACGCCCCAAGAUGCCGGGGCCAAGGACAGCAUCGACCCCGCUGCCGACUUCCUGGCGGAAGCCGAGCACCUGCUGCUGGGGUACAUCGCGGCCAACGGGCUGAAGAAGUUCUCCCGGCGGCUUAAGCGCCAAUUCAAGGAGCGUCUGUGGUCCAACCCGGAGUGCAUGUUGCCGUCCUACAACUCACAACUACCGACCGGCCGCGAGUCCGGUCAGUUUCUCGCCCUCGAUAUCGGGGGCUCGACGUUGCGUGUGGCCUUGGUGGAACUUAGGGGUGCAGCAGCAGGGGGACCGUCUGAGGGGGGUGCAGAGAGUCAGAUCGUCCGGUUGGAUUCGUUCAAAAUCGACAGCAGCGUCAGGAGUUUGAGGGGGAUGCAGUUCUUUGACUGGAUUGCCGAGAGGAUACAUAGGACCGUCGCCAAGGACAGUGCAAGGGGCCACAGCCCAGAUCUUCCACUGCUCAUGGGACUGGCCUGGAGCUUCCCCAUCGAGCAAACCUCUUCCAAGGGCGGCAAGUUGUCGGCCAUGGGUAAAGGGUUCCUCGCCAACGAAGGCCUCGUUGGGCAGGACUUGGGAGAAAUUAUCAAGUCCGCCUGCCAGAAGUGUGGCCUCUACGUCGAGCUCUCAGCCAUUGUGAACGAUUCGAGCGCAGCCCUGCUCGCGGAAGCCUACUCCACACCAUCGACCCGCUUCAGCCUAAUCCUAGGCACGGGCGUCAACAUUGCCGCGCAUCUCCCCGUCUCAACCAUCGACCAGCCCAAGUUUGGCGACCGCCCGAGCAGCUGGCACGAAAAGGCCAGCCAUGUGAUUGUCAACACCGAACUGGGCAUGUUCGGCCACGAUAUCCUGCCUUUCACUCGGUGGGACAAGUUGCUCAAGGCCGACCACCCACGGCCAGACUUUCAGCCGCUAGAGCAGAUGGUCAGCGGGAUGUAUUUGGGCGAGAUCUGCCGGCUGGCGCUAGUCGAGGCUGUUCAGUCGACGGGGGUGUUUGGUGGCAAGUUACCACCAUCACUGGAGAAGCCAUAUUCUCUCGACACCGAGACACUCUCCUUGAUCGAAGCCGACAUCACCCCGACCCUCUCAACCGCCAUCCACACCUUCACCACCCGCCACCCCAUCCCCUCCUACACGCCCACCACAGCCGACCUCUCCUUCCUCCGCACCCUCGCUUCCCACAUCAUCCGCCGCUCCGCCUCCAUCAUCGCCGCCUCCCUGCACGCCCUCUGGGAACUCAAAGCCGAGGCCGAAACCGAGUUACUCACCACCACCCUCGCAACCGGCACCGAAACCGACACGGAGACCCACCCCUUCGCGAUCGAGACACAAGCCGAGUUGGAAACGGUGCAGGACAAGAUGACGGUUGUGUACAACGGGUCGGUCGUGGAGCAUUACCCGGGGUAUCGGCAGGAGGUGCAGAUGUUUUUGCAAGGGUUGAUGGCGGAGAGUAAGAGGGAGCGGGGAUUAGAGUUGGGGUCGAUUGCGUUGGUUGAGGCGAGGGAGAGCUCGUUGAGGGGGGCUGCGGUGGCGUUGGCGUGUCUUUCUUAA